AUGGGUGGUUUUGGGCCUGCAAUGGCUGCAAGUUUUGGGAACUUUACUUUCUCAUUUGGUGGUUUGAUUCCAUCUUUUUUUAAUGUUCAAAUGCAUGCUUUUACUGGCCCUCAAAUGUAUGGAAAUGGUGGUAGUGGUGGUGGUGGUGGUCAUGGUUUUAACUAUGUUGGAAAUCAUCAUCAACAUCAUCAUGCACACGGAGGCCAUCAGCAGAGAGGUCACCACCAUGAGACAGGUUUUUCUGCAGCUUCACCAAUUCUGAGAAUUGGUCUUCUUUUUCUGUUUUCUCUUCUUUGUAACUGA